AAUGCCCAAAUUCCAGAGCUUUGUUUGUUUACAUUGUGACUAAUUGAACCACACUGUGUAUAAAUAUAUGAGGUUGGGCUGGCUAAAGUUAGCACAGAAUUCCUAAGGUGGUUUGAUCUUUACGUUGUUUUUACAAAGAUUUUACAAAGAACAAAUAUAGGGAACUUAUCUCGAAAGAGCCAGAUUAAUUAUACAGCUCAAGUAAAGCAGAGCCACGGAAAAACUAAGAAACUACUGCAACCAAUUCUACUAACUUGAUUAGAAAAAUGGAGCCACGGGUAUAUUUAAUGUAUUUGAUGAAUUGUGAACCCCCAUCUGAGAUAACGAAUCAUCAUUUUCACUUUGUCAAAGUAGAGAAUGAUGAACAGCUAUUAUACGAUUUGAUUCAUCGAGCAGAAAUUGAAUAUGCACCUGAGUAUAUAAUAAAAUACCAGGAUCAUUAUACGUGGAAUUCUAAGUAUGAUAUAAACAAAACUUCGACCGGAGAUCUAUCCGAUAUUACUAUGGACCUUUAUGAAUUAGAAAGUAACAUAAACUGGAAUUGUCUGUCUUAUGGAUACGCAUUCAAACUUACAUUGAUACCAUUUUUUGUGCCUCAUGAUUCCAAUUUCAUAUUUCCACCUGGUGUUGAUCCAAGUUGGUUUGAAAUAGUUCCAGUGCACAAUGAUACUCAUUUAAUUAAACAUUUAUUAACAACGGUUCGUGGGGAUCAACAGAAUUAUUUGCAACUCACAAGAACAGGUAAACUCAUUUACCGCGAUCUUAAGAAAAGCUUUGCCGACUGUCAAGUUUUUCCUUGCGACAGCAGAAGCAUUAACAGGGCAAUAGAUACUAUGGUUGAAAACAUGAUUCUGUCAUUCAGGUGGCCAGGUCCGGACUAUCUGAACUACGAGCGUUGUAGAAUAGAACCACUAGCAAAACGUAUUUUUGAAGGGAUGGAUCAGGAACAGCUACGUGGUUAUAUGGAAUUUCCAGUUUGGCGUGAUCAAAAAUUGAUUAUAGUACUUUUUGUAUCAGAUUACUGGUUAUUUAGAAAGUUAAAGAAAGAACGUAAUAUUACAAUUGAUGAGAUGUUUCAAAUUUGCUUUUCCUGGCAUGAUUAUUACUAUCGUUGCCACCACAACCAUAUAGAAAUAAUGUGGCAUUAUAAAAACAAUUAUACCUUAGUUUUCGAAAACGGGAAGUUGGAAUUACAGACAGGAUUCUACGAAGAACGCGAUCAUAAUUUUGAAUUAAAGUGUGAUUUUACUUCUGAGAAUAUGAAGUUAAUCAAGAACAAAAUAGAGUCUCGGCAUCGGGAAGCACUUGCUUCAUUACCCUCAAAUGUUUUUGUUGAUCUGGAAAAUGAGCUCAUUAAAAGUUGUAUGAAUUGCGGCCAAUAACUCAGUUGCUCUAGACAUAAUCAUACAGUUGUUGCAAACUCAUGGAUAAUAUACAAAACUAGUAUUUUGGUUUUAUUCCCAGAACUAUGUAACCAUAUAAAUAUACAGAAUUUCUGAUUAAUAUCGAAUUACAUAGCUUAAUUGUUGCCUAGCUUCUCUGCUAACUGCUCUCAUAUUUUUCUAAGUAUACUUCCACAUUACAUAAUAUACUUCCAUAAAUUAAAGUAAUCAAUUUAUUAUUUAAUUUCUAUAUCAAGCAGUUCAACUGCUUUUGACGAUGAUAUAUACGUUUUUGGUAGUAUAUUUAUUUGAACUGUUAUAAACUUUUAGGGGCCCCAAGUUUCUAGAAAGCUGCCAUGCAUUUUGUUACCAUAAGUGGCUCAAACUAUUUUACGGUCAAACCAGAAAAUGGCAUCUUAUUGGAUUCUAGCCCCAAAUAUUUCCUUCAU